AUGGGGAAGAGCCCCCAGGCGGCAGGCGGGCCGGGGGAGGAGCGAAGGGGCCGCGGGGCCCGCCCUGCCCGUGUCCCGCUUCUUUCCCCUUCCCUUUCCCAGCCACCCAGCCCGGCCCGGCCGAGCAGCGCCGCGAGCUCCGGCCCCGCCGCCGCCAUGUCGGGCCCGGGCGGGCGCGCCGCGCUGGCGCUGCUGCUGCUGCUGCUGCUGCUGGGGCUGCCCGGGCUGCCGCACGCCCUGCCCCGCUACGAGCCCACCUGGGGCUCGCUGGACGCCCGGCCGCUGCCCGCCUGGUUUGACGAGGCGAAGUUCGGCGUCUUCAUCCACUGGGGCGUGUUCUCGGUGCCCAGCUUCGGCAGCGAGUGGUUCUGGUGGUACUGGCAGAAGGAAAAGAGAGAGCCCUAUGUGAAAUUUAUGGAUGCAAAUUACCCACCUGGCUUCAGCUAUGAAGAUUUUGGUCCUCUGUUUACAGCAGAAUUCUUUGAUCCCAACCAGUGGGCAGAUAUUCUGAAGGCUUCAGGUGCAAAAUAUGUUGUCUUAACUUCAAAACAUCAUGAGGGCUUUACUUUGUGGGGGUCCAAAUAUUCUUGGAACUGGAAUGCUGUUGAUGUGGGACCAAAGCGAGAUCUUGUUGCUGAACUAGCAACAUCUGUUAAAAACAGGACUGACUUGCAUUUUGGGUUAUACCAUUCCCUGUUUGAAUGGUUCAAUCCUCUCUUCCUUGAGGAUGCCACCAAUGCCUUUAACACAAGCAAGUUUCCCACCAGCAAAUCAUUACCAGAACUCUAUGAAAUUGUGACCAAGUACCAGCCAGAAAUAAUUUGGUCUGAUGGGGAUGGAAAUGCUCCAGAUACUUACUGGAACAGCACUGGUUUCUUGGCUUGGCUCUAUAAUGACAGCCCGGUGCGGGACACAGUGGUGACCAAUGACCGCUGGGGAGCGGGCAGCAUCUGUGCCCAUGGCGGCUUCUACACGUGCAGCGACCGCUUCAACCCCGGGCGCCUCCUGCCCCGCAAGUGGGAGAACUGCAUGACCAUCGACCGCGGCUCCUGGGGCUACCGCCGGGACGCGCGGCUGCGGGACUACCUCCCCAUCGAGGACUUGCUCAAGCAACUUGUAGAAACAGUGUCUUGUGGAGGAAACCUCCUGAUGAAUAUCGGGCCCACCCACGACGGUCGCAUCGCUGUUGUGUUUGAGGAGCGCCUGAGGCAGGUGGGCUCUUGGCUGCAGGUCAACGGAGAGGCCAUCUAUGGAACAAAGCCAUGGAGAGCACAGAACGACACUGUCACCCCUGGAGUCUGGUACACUUUCACCCCUAAAGAAGGGAAUGUCAACGCUAUCUUCCUUAACUGGCCAGUCUCUGGGAUUUUGGAACUUGGUGAGCCACGGGCUAAGCCUGGAGAAACACAGGUGAAGCUGGCUGGAUACAGGGAACUGCUGAAAUGGGUUGCCCUGGGAGAAAAGGGAAUGGUUAUUGCUCUACCUCAAUUGACUCCUCAGCAAAUGCCAUGUCAGUGGGGCUGGACCUUACAACUGACUGAUGUAGACUGAGCCAUACUCUGCUGGAGCCCUGGCUAGCACGGAGUGCUGAUGCUUUGCUCUUUCUUAUCACUGGUUUUAAACUUGAUUGACUGAGAAAGACCAAUAAAUUCACUUUUUUUAUGAAAAGUGGGAUGUUAUGAAAGGAUGGAAUGGAACAAACCUCACAAAGUCUAGCACUAGAUAAUUGAUCCUUUGCACACAGUUUGGUUCUCUGAAUUUGUGUGAAAUAUUGAGCAGCUACCUCUACACUUGGUUUAGUCAGUUUCUGGCCAAGUUAUGUGAAGAAUGAGGUGGGGGGAAACAGGCACUAGACUUUCAGAGACAAAAGAAGGAAUAAAGCUCAAGCUGGUGUUCAAAUGCACAUAACUCAGUGGUACACCCUCUUUAAUGCAAGAAAUUUACCUUCCACAAAAGUGCACAGUAAAAUCUGACAGUUUUAGAGAAAAAAUAUUCUUUUUCCAGGUGUGUUUAGCUAGUAGUAGCUGGCAGUUUCAGCUGAAUAAGGUAAUGUUUGCAAGAACAGGCCUGUAAAGGUUAGAAAUUAAUCAUAAAUGCAUACAGGCAAUGCAUAUGUACAUCAUAAUUUCUCAGCAUAGAAGUCAUUAAUUUUACAUGUUCCUAUUAUUGAGUAACUCCAUCCAUUAUUGGCACACAGGUGAACUGGGAGAGGGUUGGGUUUUUGAUAUUUUGUAUGAUUUUACAUGGGUAAAACUUGUCCCUUGCUUACACCCUUUGUUUAUACACUGUUACCAGGGUGCCUUCUGUGGACUAUUAAACAAAAUAUAUACUUCAGUGACUAACUCUUGAAAAAGAGAAAUAAUCAGGAGUUGCUAAGGAUCUUCAACUCUGGCAAAGAGACAACAUUUUAAGCAGAGAGUAGACUGCAUCCAACUUGAAAAAUUUCCAAACUCAUCAUGUGUCAUGAUUUGUAGGGAUAGACAUACAAGGUGAAGCUUGCAAAGAGGAGGAGAUAAAGGACAAUAAAAACCAUAAAUUAUUUCUGUUUCAAUGUAGAGACUGAAGAUUUAUUUUCCCUGAGUAAUGUUUGUGAGUGCAAAUUAAGUACUGUAUAAGUUAAAUUUAUUCUUUCAACUCUGCCAGGAUUUUGAGUUGACUGGCCAGUCAGGUUAUUCUCUUUCCUAGUAAUGUUAAUACACACAUAAAUUGUACAUUAAAAUAUUUUAUUACAAUACAGACAAUUGGGCUCAAAAUUAAUACAAAUUAAGAUAAAAUAUUUACAAGGUAAUGUGUACAGUGUAGCUGUUUGAACAGCAUAAACAAGAGUAUGUCUAAAAAACCACAUUCCUUUAGUAUUAAGUAACAGAGAGAGCAGACCCCCAGCUUGUUCGAGGGGAACAUGCAUCCAUUGGCAAAGGCUUUCUGAAGAAUGAGAGACUUUGGAACAAGAUUUGUAAAGUUAAGGGAAAAAAGAUUUACUUUAUAGAAAGAAAAAUCUGGGGGAAGAAGAAGAAAAAAGCAUUACUUCAUUCUGCUGCUCUGUGCUAUUCUUAGAUGACUAUCAUUAGUUCUUCCCCAAACUUACACACCCCGGGCAAAAAAAUGGGUUUUUAGUAACUUGCUGUAAUACUGCCACCAGAUGCCUUUUAGAUGCAAUAAAAAAUAAUCCAAUGAAUUACAGAAGAGUUUAACCACUUUUUAAAUAGAAAAGUCUUCAUUUACCAUGUUUCUUUCAACAAGAAUAUUUUUAAUGGGUGAAGUGUAAUUCAGUUAGAAGAAAAUGUGGGCUCACUCCCACUUUCCUCAGAGUGCUCUUUCUGCUGGUCUGCCACUCCUACACCAUUAUAAAAUUAACCCAAGUCUCAUCAGUAGUCACCAGGGAAUUGUUAGAAAUACACCAUCCAUUUGUAAAAAUGUGCAGGUCAUUUCUCUAGUUGCUGAGGGGUACUAAAAGCUUCAUAAACGUUAGCAGCAAAAUCUUUCACUUGUUCCAUCAUCAACAGGUCCUG